GCAUGGGGUUACUGCACAAAAAUUUUUGCUUCUUGCUUUCAGGCCAAUAGGGUAAAAAAGAUUGAGAUGUUCAAAAGCUGUAGGGCGGCUCUUGAUUAUGCAAAUAAGGAGAAGAACCGUUAUCUGGAUGUCUUACCAUUUGACCGGAAUAGGGUUGUUCUCAACUCAUCUGAGGAUCGUGGAUCAUCCAUGGGGGACUAUAUCAAUGCAAGCUUUAUAAUGAGUUCUUCCAGUGAAAGCAUUUCACGGUUUAUAGCCACACAAGGUCCACUACCACACACAUUUGAAGACUUCUGGGAAAUGGUGAUUCAGCAUCAUUGCCCUGUGAUUGUAAUGCUUACUCGGUUGGUCGACAAUUACAAGAUGGUGAAAUGCGGAGAUUAUUUUCAAGCAGAGGAUGGUCCAAGAGAAUUUGGUAAUAUAUCUAUUAGCACUAAAUGGAUAAAUAGUGAUACUUCCUUAGUGUUGCGACUGCUGGAGGUGAAACACAUAGAGUCAGAGGAGCUACCCUGGUGUGUUCUCCACAUUCAAUACCCUGAAUGGCCUGAUCAUGGAGUGCCCCGAGACACACUUACUGUUCGUGCAAUCUUGAAAAGGCUAUAUCAUGUGCCACCCACUCUUGGCCCCAUAGCGGUGCACUGCAGUGCAGGUAUUGGGAGAACAGGUGCAUUUUGUACAAUUCUCAACACAAUCCAGAGAAUCCUUGUUGGAGACAUGUCUGCCCUGGAUCUUGCUAACACCAUAACCAUUUUCAGAUCUCAGCGUAUCGGGAUGGUCCAAACAUUGGAGCAAUAUGUUUUUUGCUAUGAUGCGAUAAUUGAUGAACUGGAAGACCUUAUUUCAGAAUCUAACCACUAGCAAGAAAUUCAAAACUGCUGAUCCAACUGUCUGAUUGUUGUAGUUGAAGCAGAAUGGUAGUCUAUUGCUUAUAUGAGCUCAGUUAUUCGGAAGCUGGAGAAACCAACACCACUUUCCCCUAUUCUGUUGUGUCCUUAAUUGGCAGCCCGUUUUCACGCAUUUGAUUUAAGAGUUAUUUACUUGUAAAACUGAGAAUGCUGCCAAACAAUCAGGCCAAGUCUUCAUCUUUCUGUCAUUGUCUGCACCAAUGAGAGCACCAAAGAGCAGGAUAGUUGUUUGUUCUUGGUGGUCUUCCUAAUCUUAACUUAAUACACAUACAAUGCUUUCUAA